GAAGUAUAGCUAGCUAGUUAGCUGAUUAAUUUAUAUUUUUUUGAAAAAAAAGAAAAAAGAAAAAAGAAAAAAGAAAAGAAAAUGGCGAAUCCAUUUGGUUCGGUGGUUGAUGAUGAAAAGUUGGAUGAAAUGGAAAGGUACAUAGGAAAAACAAAAACACAAGAAGAUAGAGCAAGAGAAGCAAUGCAUCUAAUAAAUGAGGAUGAUAAGAAUUCAAAGGCAGAAGCAUAUGCAGAGAGUGUUAAGGAAUAUUAUGGUUCGGGUGUAUCGACGAUGUGCAUGGUGUACAAUGCAACUGGUGAUACACUCACUUAUGUUACCGAUAACGACUGGUAUGGUUUCAUUAGCCGAACUCCGUAUCCUACUGAGAUCGGUAAUGGUCAAUGGGCAGCCUUCCAACAUGUCCAUAACACCGGUGCUUCUUCCGGUUCUGAAGCCGCGGUUGUGUACCGCGGUAAGAACAAGGAUGGACAUGAACGUGACUUUAUGCUUUCUUGGUCUACACCUUGGGGUCCUUGGUAUAAAAACAAGGCUUACUGUGAGAUGGGUGGAGUUGACAGUUUUCAAAGCCGUUGGGAUGAUAUCUAUGAUAAGUUGAACAAUAGUGGCUAUUCCGAUCAUGUAGACCGGGACGGCGUUAAGAUAGACGUCGAUACAGCAACCGGUGGUGCGCCUAUAUUUCAUGCAACCAUCAAGAUCCCCUUCAGUUCUUAAAUCACCGCCCAUCAAGGCAUAAUCAUUUUUCAGUCUUUGUCUUAAUUUGUGGUGUACGUACGUUACGUUGUACAACUUGUUUGUUAUCCUAUAUAAUUUGUCUGCUUUCUUUUCUUUUCUUCUGUAUGUCUUUGUAUUAUUUUUUUUUUUUGAAUAAUGUACAGUGUGAAGAAGAACAAGGAGUGCAUGUAUCUUUGUGCCUCUUCACUCUUGUAAUAAGCUAAAUAAUAUAAUAAAUUAUGUUUGUGUUCUGCGAAUAA